AUGGAGCCUCCUGCUGCGUCUCCGCCUGAACGAAGCGGCUCCUUCUCUUCCCCAGAUGCCGAUGUAUCUCCUAAUCCACUUUCUGCUUCGAUAGCGCCGCAUUUGGACCCGCAACAGCCUCAUGAACGACGACAAAAGCGUGCUCUGGGCACGUCAUCGUCACUCUCAGACGCUGUGGGCGCCAACCUGCUGAUGCAACUGAUCCCAAUCCACUGGGACGGCCCUGCACACAGGAAAGGCGACUGGCUACCGCGCUGGGACGACGUGUACCUGAGUUUGGACGGCGUAACGCUGCGUGUAUUCGAGUCUCGAGGUCGUUUUCUGGAGGUACAGGAGCUGGAGCAGCAGCAGAUGCAGCAGGAUGGCAAUUCUACGGUAAUAAUUGACAAGAAACAUUGCUACACGGUCACAGCUGUGGACAAGGAGAACGUGGGGCGUCCUCAUGGCUUCUACGUUAAGACCAAGGAGAAGAGCAAGUCGCUGCAUCUCACAGUGGACAGUGAACUGGAGAGAGUGUUGUGGAUUCAUCUCCUGGGUGCAGUGGUCGAGCAGGUACAAAGUGUGCUGCCAAAGGCGCAGUGGAGACUAAAGACAGUGGGUUCAAAAAUUGAAGCAUCACCAAGGAAGACUCUGGCGUUGGCACCGUUGUCUACCCCACGACGACCGAGGAUACAGACUCUGACGCUACUAGGAACUCCCGUGAAUGUGGAACUAAACAUGUUUUACGAUGCUUGGGGCUGUAUUCAAGCACGGAAAGGCAAUUUCGCGCUGCUGAUGCCGAGUUUCCACCCGAACAUCACGCUGACGUCGAAUUAUCCUCCAAGUGUCCCUAUUGCAGGAGAAUAUCAUGGCCUGUCUGGAGUGUUAGCUUUCUUUUCCAAUUUACAUGGCUCUAUGGACGUCUCACACUAUGGCGUUGAGCACGUAGCACGUCGAGGAGACCUGGCUGUGGUGUCCGGUCGAGAAACGGUACGAAGUGCCGAGAGUGGACGACGAUUUCGACACUUGUGGAAGCACGAGCUGCGGUUUGAAGCUGACGGGCGUAUUAGCCACAUUAAUAUUCUAGCGGACAAGACGGCAGCUGCUGUAGCCUUUGCCAAUGGGGGAGGCAGUGGAGCAGGUCCAGUGAUUGGGGAGGCUACGGGACCGACUCUGGCUGCAUUACCGCGUGAACGUGAACGCCAGACCAGCACGUGUCCACCUGGGGAGAUUCGUGUGGUUUGUAUCUCUGGAGAGAGUUUCAGACGACGAAAACCCACAACAAGUGGAGGCAGCGGAUACAAGAUAAUAAUCGGGUUAAACGAGUUCCCGCACCUGACAACGAAAGUCCCUGGCACGAAAAAUACCAGCAGCACUAGCAGCAGAGACGUAACGACUACGAGCACGGACGGAUUGAAUCGUGUUGGAUCGUGGAAGGCGUACUCGACACGAGUCGUCAAGAGCAGCGGCGGUAAAGGACCAUUUUGGGCCGAGACGCUGCACUUGGAGUUCUCUGGAGCUGUUCCUGGCUCGACAGCCAGUUUGUGCAUCGAUGUGUGGAGUUUUGGUGUCAUUGGCGACGAACUGGUUGGCUGUGCGAAGGUGAACUUGGCAGACUAUUUGGGUUCGUCCGAGGGCACAGAAGAGCAGAUCGCGUCUGUGGCUGUGCCCAAGUGGUUCGACAUCUAUCGAGCGGAGACGUUCGAAAAGGGUGCGCGAGGUGGAGACACUCAAAGCUGCGGACGUCUAGAGCUGAGCAUCAGCUUCGCUCCGUACACAGAGGAGGAUGAUUCAAUGGGGGAAGACGACGAUGUAAAUAUGAGUGAAGAAGGAGAGCGUUCUGGCUGUAGUACACCGAUCCAGGGAGGACGAACACCGAGACAUCGCAAGAGUUUCGACAGGCUACAGGAGCUGCACAAGGAAACUGGGCAGAACCGUCGAGUAUCGGAACGCUAUUCGCUUGCAGCCAGUGACGUCCCCGGCGGCUUUGAGCUUGUGGAAGCUGAUGGAGUUGAUCAACAGGACAAGACAUCUGCGUCGGAAGAGGAAGAAAUGUACACGUUCACAGUGGCGUCGACCAAGUUCCGUGUGUACAGGAGAUACCAGCUUAUUCGAGCCAUCGGCCACGGCGCAUACGGAGUGGUGAUUGCAGCCAGCGACCAAGUGACGGGGAACUCCGUAGCCAUCAAAAACAUCCCGCGGACCUUCGACGACCUGGUUGAUGCCAAGCGAAUUGUUCGGGAGAUUCGACUGAUGAGGCAUCUGCGUCAUCCACACGUUGUAUCAGUGCUGGACGUAAUGCGUCCUCCGUUGUUGGCCACGUUCGAGGACACGUACAUCGUCACGGACCUCAUGGAGACGGAUUUACAUCGAGUUAUUAACUCUCCUGAACCGCUUUCGAGCGAUCACAUCGCCUUUAUCACGUACCAACUGCUGUGUGGACUACGCUACGUCCACUCCGCCCACAUUAUCCACCGCGACGUCAAGCCUUCGAACGUGCUUAUUAAUCGCGAUUGCUUAGUCAAACUUUGCGACUUUGGACUGGCACGGGGCAUCGACAUCCGUCCAGUCACACCAAGCAGUGUUGAUGGCAACACCACGCCUAGUAGUCAAGACGGAGAGCCUGCACUGGACGAAGCGCUGACGGAAUAUGUGGUAACACGUUGGUAUCGAGCGCCGGAGCUUCUACUCGCGAGUCGGUACUCUACGGCGAUUGAUCUCUGGGCUGUCGGAUGUAUUUUAGCCGAGAUGUUUACUCGUAAGGCGCUCUUCCCGGGCCAUGACCACGUGCACCAGUUGCACUUGAUUCUACAGCUUGUGGGCAGUCCACCACCGGACGACAUGGGAUUUGUCACCAACAUGAAGGCCAAGCGAUGGAUGGCGCGUCAGCAGCAACACGAGGCCAAGCCACUCAACUCGGUGUGUCCGAAUGCUCCGACUGAGGCUCUGGAUCUGAUGACGAAGCUACUGCAGUUCGAUCCUCGCAAGCGGAUCUCAGUGGACGAAGCCAUUGCCCACCCGUUCCUGGCCCCAUGUCGAGCGGAUGGCGUUGAGAUGGACUCGGAGCGUUUGGCGGAUAGCGCCUUUGAUUUUUCAUUCGAGAGGGAGAACAAGGGCAACUUGGACAAGAACACUUUGCGACGGCUUAUCUUUGAGGACGUUUGCCACUUCCAUCCGGAAGCUACGGCCGAAUUGGAGCAGUUUAAACAGGAGCAGGAGCGAUUGAAGCGACUAGAGGAGGAAAAGUGGAGGAAGGAGGAAGCACAGGCGAAAGCCAAGGCGAGAACAGGGAAGAGCUGGGCAGUCAGCGUUUAA